AUGUGCGUGUACAUGGGAACAAAAAAGUUAUCCAAGAUUUUUUUUUUUCGGGAAUUUUGUCAAUGCAUAAUAUUUUCCAUCAUAUUAUCGAUCACUUAUAACAGACUAACCACACACCAUAUCAACAUGAUUUCUAUUACUAAGGUUAUUUCCCAACAAUUUAAGCUGUCAAAUAUCACCAAGAACUUAUUUAAUGCUACCCCAAGAAUAAUAAAUCCAAUAACAACUGGUUCAUUAUACCAGCCAAUAAGAGGCUUCAAAGUUAGAACAUCUGUGAAAUGUAUGUGCAAAGACUGCUACUUGGUUAAAAGAAAAGGCAGAGUAUACGUUUACUGUAAGAGCAAUGGUAAACAUAAACAAAGACAGGGUUAG